CCCGGGAUUCCUCAAUAACUCCCAGCCCGUCUGAUUUCGACAGUCCAAUCCUCCCUCCUUCUAACUCAAACAUGACCUCGCAUCUAUCACCUCAGGCUUCAGGGCUUCGUAAAUCGGUUUCCGUCGAUUCAUUUGUCCAUUAUCCGCGCGAAUUACAUUCAGGUGUUGCUACGAGGCCAAAUAGAGGCAAUACGGGCUCGGCCAUGGAACCGCCUCGCGGGCUGAUAUCGGGUAUGAGGAAGGGCUUGGAUAAUCAGUUGUCUACGAGUAUUAGAGGACGUGGGGAGAGUGUGAGCUCGGUCAAGGAUGGAUAUCAAUCUUCAGUGGCAGGGGACUCCGAUGUCGAGCGCUCUGAUAUUCUCAUCGGUUCGGCAGACCCCUACAAUCUCAAAGCCCAAGAUCCCAAAGCGUCUUUCAUCCGAGGUGGAGAACUUCCCUUACCUUCUCGCACACCCACUCUCAGCACGACUUCGAGUAUGAGCAGUAUUCUUACUGCAUCUACAAGCUCUAGUACUCAGGAGGGUAGACCCAGUCUUCAAUCCACGUCCUCCUUACAGUCUUUAUCAAGGCCACAUGUUGUAGUCCCUGGCCGAACACGCAGUGGGAGCUUGGGCGUUUAUGUUCCAAGCUCAGGUAGACGAGUGCAAAUCAACACCCAUAUCAAUUUGAACGACCAAAUGCAAGCCGUCACAUUAGUGGUAGUAGGCACCGCUGGUUGUGGUAAAUCUGUUGCAAUUCGUAAAGGAUUGAAGAACUAUGAUCUAUCCGAACCCAGUCUCCCUCUACCGGGUGCUAACCCAUCGAUACGGUACACAAGGCGUACUGGCAGAGUCACUCAGGAAGAUGGGUCGGAUUGUCCGCUCACCGUCAUUGAGGUGGACAUAACAGAUGCCAUGUUGGAGUCGUCAAUUUCACCCGUUGACAACUUGCCUGAAGCUUUGAAAGUUGAUGGUGUAAUCAUCUGUUAUGAUGCCUCAGUGGAGUCAUCCUUCACACCAGUAGAGGAUCUCCUUCGAGGCUACCGCAACCUUCAGCUCCCAGUUAUCGUGCUUGCAUGCAAGUCUGACCUUGAUCGUCAAGUCGAUCCCGAAACGGCAGCAGAAGUACUGCAACAGUAUGAUGCGGGAUUGGUUGAAGUCAGUUCGAGCGAAUCCGGAAAAGAGAAAAUGAAGAGAUCAUUCGACUGGAUUUUAAAGGCCGUCGUCAGAGAUCGGCGGUCAUUCAGGAAUAGGUGGCAAGACAACCGGAAUCCGGCUUCCCCUGAAUUGUUGACAUCGCCAUCUUUGGAUCACGGUACCAGGACAUCGACUCCGACAGUGCCAUCCGUGGUUUCUCAUAGCCAGUCUUCGACUUCUGUGAUUCAGCCGCCUGCAAAAUCACAUCAUCAGGCGAUGGGUUCACCCACUUCACCUACACGAGUCAGUUCUACGGGAGAUCUGCCAUCGGAACACGAGAAAUCCAUACCUCGAGACUCCAAGUUACCUACAUCUGAAGGUCAGAUUGCGGCUGCGAUGCGCUCGAACAGUACAGACUCCUUACGUGACACGCGGCAUGCUCCAGCAGCCGCCAUUAAUGGGGAGCGGGCUUCCAACGACAAAGUAGAGUUCAAAGAGAAAGAAUCGUCGCGAUCUGCUCAGUGGGCUUCCCUCGACGAACUUCUCGACAAACUACUAUUUCUUGCGGUCAGCGGUGACGAUCCUACCUAUGUAACUCAUUUUCUUCUCACUUAUCGGAGAUUUGCCUGUCCGCGUAAACUUCUGCUUGCCAUGCAAAAGCGGAUGCGCCAGCUUGACAAUCCCACUGGUGACCCGAUUUUUGCAUGCUUUGCACAGAUGAGAAUUUGCCAUCUUUUGGAACUUUGGAUUGGAGACUACCCCAACGACUUUGCUGUUCGUGGCACUGCAGGAGCACUUUCUGCUCUGAUAAAAUCCAUCAUCUCAAAGACUUAUCUGCUACAUUAUGGGUCCGACUUCCUUCCUUUCCUCGAAUUGCUACCCACAUUGGUGGAUAAAGACGGUGCUUGGGCGCUCAAGUUUGAAGAUAUUGCAGUUGAAAGUGACGAUUCGUAUGACGACGACGACGAAAGCAUCAAGUCUGAAACCAAACAUCAGGUACCUACAAUCACACCGCCGAAGAAGAUGUCCAAUGCGAGUGCCCCAAACAGAGAACGAAAGUCGAGCCUGCCUCUGAGCGCGAAGUCUUUGUUUCCGGGGUCUUCCACGUUCGGUAGUAAUAGUUCAGGGGACCAGGACUCCAUGGAUUUCAAUACCAAACAGCAACUCAGGGAGUUGGUUCGGCUUGCAAAUGAGGUCAACAUGAUCGAUUCAGAAGAAAUCGCUCAAGAAAUUACACGUAUAGAGAAGAAGCUCUUCCUGGAGAUUGAGCCGAGGCAUUGGCUCCAGUACACCUUUGUCUCUGGUCGGAAGGACCCGGAAACUGAUCCUAUCGCCCGUUUCAAUCAGGUUUCCAAUCAUCUUGCAGAUUGGGUUGUCUCACUGAUAUUGUGUCAUGAUAGUGUCAAGAAUCGUGCUAAACAAAUUGAAAAACUAGUCGAAAUUGCUCAGCGGUUGCGCGCCUUAAACAACUACUCCGCCCUACGAGCUUUCGUAGCAGGUAUCAAUGGGUCUACGUUCCCGGGUGAUCAAACAAUGGAGAGAUUCAAAGCAAAAUCACCUGAACAAGCAAAGAAUCUUCAGUCUUGGGAUGUACUCUUGCAGGCCAUCCGUGCACAUCGCGCGUAUCGUUUGGCUCUCAGAAAUACCAAAGGCGCCUGUAUACCUGCACUCGAGGUUCACAUGUCUGACCUGAUACGGGCGCAUGAAGGAAAUGAAGACUUCAAUUCCUCUGACCGUUCAAAGAUACAUUGGGGUAAAUUUAAUAUGAUGGGCCGGUUUAUAACUAGUACAACCCAAUGUCAAGCACAAUGUCGAUCCACGACAGACUACAGCUUCCCUGAACGGCCGCACAUUAGUGCACUACUCCAAAGCAAAUAUGUUAUGAAUGACGAGAUGCAAAAAUCUCGGGUAGCGUUAUCGGAUUCAGAUAUGGACGACACGGUACAUUAUUCAGGUCCGCCCUCCGGAGGUGCCCAAACAAGGGACCCUGCCCUUCUGCGUCGACUAUUUCCUUGGUAAAGUCACAUUGUCUGGUAUAUUUUAGGCUUCAUCUAUCUAACGGAACCAUACCCUUGUAUGCAUCUGAUAUUGACUAUGCUUACACUACUCCCAUAUGCACGGCCCAACUUCACCUUUGUCGUCAACUAAAAUAAUUCGAGUUCUGAUUGUACAUUGUGUUCAUUUUGGUAGUACAUCCAUAUUUAGUUGGAGGACAGACGCCGUCUGAGUUAUCCCGGAGAACAGUGCUCGCUGAGCACUGAGCAUUCAGCAACUAUGUACGAUGACUAGCAUAUUCCGGAGGAGCUUCUUCACCUCGCCACUCCCGUCCUGACUGAAGCC